AUGCGUCCUGGGUUUGCACCCGGAUUCCAGGGAAUCGACUGGCAGAUGAUGCUGCCUGUGCCGAAAUCUUCGAUGCUGACGUGCACGCUGCCCUGGGAUCCCCAGAAACCUGCAGUUGGUCGAAGGAGCGCCACGGCCACACUGUUGCUGGGUGAGAAUGUGACGACUGGAGAGAACACCUUGGUGCCGGCAGGGAACAUCGCUUUUACUCCAACACCACCGCUGAGCAGCCCCCUUUUCACGAAGCAGCUCUUUGUGAACACCACGGCCGGGCUGGUGUCCUCGCAUGAGAGCACACGAUCUUGUACCCUGCUUACUUUCACAAGUGUGAACUUGACUGGUGAUGCCGGACGCCCAUAUGUUGUGGAUUGGAGCUUUGGGCCCGAAACACCUGCCGCAAUGAGAAACUCUCUCGCAAGCGUUCUUGCACUGGCCAGUGACCAAGAUUCCUUGGUCCUGACCGUCUCGGCUGCCGAGUUUAACGCUGGCGUGGAUGCCGUGUUCCAGGAACUUGGCGAGGUUCCAACAUUGCGGCUGGAGGUUGUGGCUGCAGUCAGAAACUGGCUUGGUGUGGAGACCGUGACCACUUCCAAUGCCUUCGUGCGGGUUGACCAGGCUCCGCAAGUCGUGCUUGCAAGCCCAGCAAGUGCCACCAUCUUGAACAGUGAGGAGGUUGAGUUCAGCCUGCAGACCGUGUUGCUGGAAGAUGCCACAUGCUCGGAUGCUGAUCGCUACAACCGGAUCAUCGAAGUGGAUUGGGAGUAUACCAACACCACAACCAACUCGUGGGUCAAGCUUGCCGACGUUGGGUCCUUGGUGGACACGGUGGCUUCACCGUUUGUCAUCAACUUCGCCCCGUUCAGCUUCGAAGCGAACUCCUCCCACUCGUUUCGGGCCACCGCCUACUUUGCAGGUGCUUUCACGUCCGUGGCCGAGAACACGCGAGUUGCGACCUUCGACCUGGGCGUGCUGCCCCGAUUGACGCCGAUCGCCAUUGUACAGGGCCCUGCCGAGACUGCGGCCAGCUGUGAUUUCUACGUGACAGCCGAGGCGUCGCAAGACCCGUCGCUGGCUCCGUGGCUGACCCCGAACUUUCGGUACAAGUGGUCCUGCGAAAGUCUAGGAGAAUACUCUGCCGCUUGCAGCACGUUGACAGCGGAUUCGCCUACGCUGACAGUGCCAGGGCGCACCCUGGAGGAAGGAUCCUACACCUUCAGUGUGCUCGUUUGGAGACGCGACCAGACUGAAGCGGACGCAGGGCAGGCUUCCGUUACCGUCACGCUGAACUUCUUCGGACUCCCACCCGUGCUGAUUGCAACUCCUUGGGUCAAUGGCAGUGCCGUUUCGACCCAAGUGGGUUGGAGUGUGUCACCCACGGCCGUGGUGUCGGGUUCGGCUGCUUGCACUGUUCCGCCACUGACUUCAUGGACGUGGGUGUUGGUCGAGUCGGCCUCUGGACGAAUUCUGUCGGUCAUAGACGCGCAGGGAUUUGGCAAUCAGACAUAUUCUGAGUUGACGAUCGCAUCUUUUGAUGGGUCGCAGAUGGUCCCGGGCAGCUAUUACGAGUACGUGAUGAUGUUCGGGUCCAGCGUGCUCUUUAGAGACUUGCGCAAUGGAGCUUAUUCUACACUGACCACCGCCGUCUCUGCAGGCGGCAUGUCGGCCGUGCGCGGCAAUCGAUUCCUGGCAGACGGGCCACCCUCAGCUCGAGCAGAGAACGCAGUGAACGUGACACCUGCAGAGGGGUACGCUGUGGUGACAACGUUUGAGUUCGAAACCGUGGGCUGGCAGGAUGAACAGCCGACCACGCUGGAAUAUGAGUUUGUUGACUUCAAGCUGGAUGAUCUGCUGGCCUUGUCCUAUCCGUGGGACACGGCCACUGCGGUAGCAGCCAUUGAGUGGGAGGACUCGUCGAGUCCCAAUCACUGGGCGAAGCUCAAUGGCGUGACGUUGCGCUCUUGGUCUCCUUCGCCCACGGCAUCAAGCCCGAUGGCCUUGGGAUCCCACGUGACGGUGGUGCGUGCUCGUGACCACCUGGGUGCAAGCAGGGCCACGGGGCUCAUGGGGCCCCUGGUCUCGCAACCGGUGGGUGGCGUGGACCCAAACGUCGCCGUCGCAGCGCUGGCCAGCGCGUCGGCACAGAGCAACGCUGACAGUAUCCUCAAUGCCGUGGCGGCUGUCAGCUCGGUGAGUAUUGAUGGCGAUGAGGAGACCAAGAAAGCGGUUGUCAAUGCAGAGCUUGAUGCCUUGCAGCUGGCCGCCGACAUCACAUCGGCUGAGAGCUCUGGCCUGAAAAAGGUCGGUGAUGUCAUGGCCAGCACGUUGUCCAAAGGAAGUACGACAGCCGACCCGGCCAUCGUUGACAAAGCCGCGGCGGUCCUGGACACUGUGCUCGAAACGGCACUGACGCCAGGUGCUAUGAGCAAAGAUGCCGGUGAUUCGUUGCUCGGGAGCGUCGCUGCCAUGGUGACGGGCAGCUCUGCAGCCUCCACCACGGUGAGCGAAGAGCAGAAGGCCUCGACCACGGAGAAGCUCAUCGGCCUCACGUCGAAGCUGGGCCAGUCGGUGAUGAACUCCAUCGCGGUGAACGCCACGGAGGUGCUGACCUCCAUCGGUGCCGACGGAAAAGGAUCGCAGGUGGUGGUCAAGAAGCAGUCGGCCCAAGAUGUCCAGCAGAACGGUCUCAAUGCGCAUAGCAUCUCUGUGCCGGCAUCAGCUUUGGCUGGAGCUCGACGGUUGCAAAGCAGUCCUGCUUGCGACACAGUCGGGCUGCAGUCCACCGACUGGAUUGGUACCAACCCCUAUGCGUGGGCCAAUGCAAGCCUCGGUUCGAACAGCGAGGUGUCGGAGAACGCCACGGUCACGAUUGUGGAGUUGACGAAGUGUGGCGACACGAUCAACUUCCGGGGUUCGACGGCGAGCGUCAGCGUCAUCGUGCCGGCCACGGACGACCCGCUGGCGCAGCUCAUUUGCGUCUACUUCGAUCCCAGCUCCAAGUCUUGGACGACUUCGAACGUGGCGCUGACGGUUGUGGAUGAUGAUGGUGUGAGAGCCAGCUGCUCUACAACUCAAGGAGGAGGUGCAUACACCGUCUUCCACAGGAGCGCAAACGCCGGUGAUUCGGAUGAAGGGGGCAUUACCUUCUUGACGGUGGCCAUCGCUUUGCCGCUGAUUAUUCUGGGCUCAGCCUGUGCAGGAGGAGGCAUCUACAUGAUGCACAAGCGCGUCCAUGAAACGAAGCUGAAGAAGGUUUUCCCCGUCGACGAGGAGGCCGCAAAGGUGCCAAAGGUGCCAAAGAGCCCAAGCUUGCGAGAGGUGGUGACCCACAAUCCACCAGGAGAUCCUGAUGCAGAUCUACCAGGAUACGUCAACGAUCCCUCGCCAGUGGCAGUGCCAGCAGAGCGAGGAAAGCAGAAGCUGCAGCUUCCAGUGCCGAUUGCGCGUGAGCGUGACGACGACGAGCUCAGCAACUUAAGCAAUGCCGCCAUCAGCGAGCUGCGGCGGCGGAGCCACGGUGAACUUGCACCCACCCCUGGGAUUGAAGAUCCUCAUCCGCAGAUGGCCGACGGCAGCGGGGCUUUGCCUGGACAAAGCCCAAAUCCAGACAGCCUCUACACUUGGCUGGCUCAGACUGACUCCUCGUCUGCUCACGUGAUUCCAGUGGACGUACCGGCGAGGAAGAGGAGUGUAUCCCGAGAUCCGUCAUCUGAGCGCCACCAAGCAUCGCUUGGUCCCACGGAUUGGACUGGUGCUGAUACCGCAGGACAGAGUCUGGGAGUACCCAUGGGCUCGCAGGGAAGAAGGCCCAGGUCGCGGGAGCCGGCCACGGUGCGAGUCGUCCGCAAAGCGGAUGCCACAGCAUCUUCUUCUUCGACUUCAUCACCAGCUCGGGCAGUUGUGAUAGGAAGCCGCUGUGAAGCUCGAGCCAACCCACAGCCGUCGGACAAGCAGCCUCGCAUCACCGUCACGGCCCGACGUCCAGCAAGUCAAGGGCGUGCUGCACAGGUUACUUCGGUCCGAAGCCGAACUCCAGAGCAGCCAGCGCAGCGGAGCCAGGUGAUCUAUGCCGAGGCCAGGCGGAGGUCGUCGAGUGCAGCCCCGGCUGCAUCGGAGGCACCUUCCACAGCUGCCGAUCGGCGGGACAGCAUGAACUACAGCCAGGCCGAAACCGGAUCCACUGCGAGCACCGCUUUACGGGUCACAGCGCGACGAGUCUCGUCACGAGCAGCAAGUACGUCGAGAGCACCCAUACGGGCAGUUGCCACUUCCAUCCCUCGUGAACCCAGCUGCGUUGAGAAGCUGAGACGGGCGGACGAGGCGAGCGGCUUACAGUCGCCAACGCACGCGUCUGAGGCAGGCUUCCCGACCUUGCUGAUGAAGGGUGCUCCGUCCUUGCAGACGCUUCAAAGUCAAAGUGUGCAAAGUGUCGAUACUCAGCAAAGCGCGGGCCCGACUCCGCUGAACCGAACCUUGGAUUGA